AUGUGGGCGAUUCUAGCACAAUCUUCGGAUCUUGAUGAGGCGCUGGAUGGUUUCGGAGGCAAAGGGCAGAAGUCAUGGACCACUGAAGAGAAGCGGAAGGAUCGUAAGGCUCUGUCUCUGAUUCAACUUCAUCUACAUAAUGAUAUUUUGCAAGAAGUGCUGCAGGAGAAAACUGCCGUAGAACUUUGGCUCAAGCUGGAAUCGAUCUGCAUGUCCAAGGAUCUAACCAAAGUAUAUGAGGCCCUCCAGACAAGGGAGAAGAUGAAAGGUAUGGUUCAGUCUGACGUGUCGUCCUCCAAGGGUGAAGUGUUGCAGGUUAGAGGCAGGCCCGAGCAGAAAACCUACAACAACAAUAAUAAUCGAGACAAGAGCAAGAACGGUAAAGGUCGUUCGAAGUCCAGAGGCAGGGAUAAGUUCUGCAGAGAUUGGUUCAGUUCUUACGAGUCUGUGCAGAGUGGAGAUGUUGUGCGUAUGGGAGAUAACAACCCACGUGAGAUCAUCGGCAUUGGCUCCGUUCAGAUCAAGAUGCAUGAUGGCAUGAUACGCACACUAAAAGAUAUGAGACACAUAUCAGGGAUGGUUAGAAAUCUCAUCUCCCUCAGCACACUUGAUGCCGAGGGGUACAAACAUUCUGGUUCAGGUGGAGUGUGUAAGGUCGCUAACACCGCUUUGUACUUGAUCAACCGGUCACCUUCUAUCCCACUUAAUAAGAAAACUCUCAUUGAGGUAUGGUCUGGUAUGUCUGCUGAUUAUUCACAGUUGAGAGUUUUCGGUUGCACUGCUUAUGCUCAUGUUGAUAUUAGAAAGCUAGAACCUAGAGCCAUUAAGUGUCUGUUUCUUGGUUAUGGUUCUGGAGUUAAAGGAUAUAAGUUAUGGAAUCCUGAAACUAAAAAGACUUUCAUGAGCAGGAGCGUUAUUUUCAAUGAAUCUAUUAUGUUUAAUGACAGCUUGUCCACAGAUGUUUCUCCAGUUGGUUCUGACGAGGAGCAGCAACAUUUUAGCGUGCAGGUGGAGCACGUAGAUGAUCAGAAAACUGAAAUUGUUGAUAAUGAUGUUCAUGAUAUUGUUCAUCACUCACCUCCUGUUUUGCAACCUCAAAAUUAG